AUGCCCUCUCCUCGGCCGAUCCGGAGUGACGAGGACUUCAAAGCGCGUUUCCGGGACUUCAUCGAGCAUGUCUACCGCGACUGGACUUUCAGCGACCCCAUCAUAUUGCCCACCCUGAACCCUCACACCUUCGCCCAAGCCUCCCUUCACGUCGGCCGUCUCAUGGGAGACAUCCCCGUUCACACCGGCAGCGUCAUUUCGAACAACCGUAAGAAGGGCGCCAAGGCGUACCUGAUGAUCAAGCGCGACGAAGACACCACUGGCUUCUUGUGGUGCGAUGCCGACGGAAAGGCUCUGAAGAAGGUCUACAUCAAGAAGUCCCGCGGCAUGACUGUUUCCAAGGCAAAGGCAGACCUUGUGGAGACGUACAACGAGUUUGAGGUUGUGAAUGUCAUGGAAUAUAACAAGGCUAUGAUGGUGGUUAAUGCGCGGAAGGCGAUUGUUGUAUGCGCCGAGCAGGGACUGGAGUGUCCUACUCCCGAGGAUCUGUACAAGGACCACAUGAUGAAGACACCUGUCUUUGCUGAUGUCUCGGAUCCUGAGUUGAACUAA